AGGGGGCGUAAAUGAUGAGAUGAGUGAGUGAAUGAGUGGAAGGGUGAGUGAAUAAGAAAAUCGAGAUAGAAGAAGCAGCGUAAAAGGAAAAAAAAAUAAAGAAAAAAACAAUGGAUGUUUAAGUUGGUCUACGAGUAUUACAUCGGAUUCAGAACUUCCCAAACAAGUUAUAACCGAACGGAUUUAGUUCUAACAGAUACAAUGGCUUGUCCAAUACUGUGACUUUACAGUGAAGUUGGUCUAAACGCUCCUUGUGAAAAGCAAUGAAAGAAAAUAUGGAUAUGACAGCUGGUGGUGAAUUGAAUGGAAUCCAGCCAAGCCAAACUGGCAACGUAACAAAUCCUCCAAAUGAUGGUUUGGUCAAAACUCACAACACAAUGGUGAGCAUUCAGCCGGAACGAGGUAAUCAGGCGGGUGCUGGAUGUUACGUCACUAGGCUACAGGUCGGUUUGUUUCUAUUCCUGAUCCUACUGACAACUAUUUUCAUUGCUCUUAUAGCUGCUUUCGUUGGAAGAAACACGCGCUGCGAUUGCCAAAAUUCUCAACAGAAUGCUUCUAUUAACAGAGACAAUAAGAAUAGUCAGGAAAAUACGAUAGCCGGAAAAUUUGGCGAGAAUGAAUCAGGCAAGAAUGAGUCAGGCCACAAAGGAGGAAAUAAAUUAUGGAACAGACUACGUUUACCGAGAAGCUUGAUCCCUUCUCACUACUCCCUUGAAUUAAAGGUUGAUAUGGAUGCGUUUAUAUUCACUGGUAAAGUAAAUAUCACAAUUCAUGUCGAUCAGCCGACACACUAUGUAAUAUUCCACACAAAAGAACUCGAUGUUGACAAAAAAGCUGUUUCUGUUCACCUAAAUGGAAAUAUUUCCGACACUGUUCCCAUCGGUAAACAGUUCUACGUCAAAGACAAUAAAUAUCAAGUCUUGGAUUUGAAUCAGAACUUAAAAGAAGGAAAAGAUUAUGUAAUAAGCAUCGGUAAUUUUUGGGGUAAAAUAGCCCCUGACUUGAAAGGCCUUUAUAAGGGAUCCUAUGUAACAAAAAGUGGUGAAAUAAGGCAUUUGGCUUCAUCUCAACUACAAGCAGCUGACGCAAGAAAGGUAUUUCCUUGUUUCGACGAACCUGAUUUAAAAGCCCGAUUUACAGUCAGUAUUAUAUACCCUCCAGGAUAUGUAGCUCUUAGUAACAUGCCGAUUGUCAACCAAACGAAACUAUCGGAUAAGUGGAUGCGAAACCAGUACACCACAUCGCCGAUUAUGUCUUCCUAUCUACUUGCGUUUGUUGUUGCAGACUUCGACUAUAGGGAGAAAAUCUUAAAAAAUAACUACACUUUAAGAAUGUGGGCCCAGCGAGAGAAGAUAAACCAGACGAAUUAUGCCUUGAAGUUCGCAGAACGAUGUUAUGCAUUUUUCACAGAAUAUUUCAAUAUAUCUGAUAUUCUCACCAAAUCAGAUCAUGUGGCUGUGCCUGAGUUCAAUGCAGGAGCAAUGGAAAAUUGGGGGCUGGUUAUCUACCGAGAAACAGCCUUACUUUAUGAUCCAGACGUGUCAUCAAGUUCUAAUAAAUAUAUGGUCACGUUAAUCGUUGCUCAUGAAAUCGCUCAUACGUGGUUUGGAAACAUGGCGACCAUGAGAUGGUGGGACGAUCUUUGGCUUAACGAAGGGUUUGCCAGUAUCCUAAUGUAUUUCGGAAUGAAUCACGUACACCCAGACUGGGAUGUGUUUUCUAUUCUCGUUGUAGACGAGAUUUUACCAGUGAUGGUUUUAGAUGCACUCCUUACUUCACACGCAGUUUCUUCUCGUAUAGAGAAUACGGACCAAAUCAUCCAGUAUUUCGAUAACAUUUCCUACAACAAGGGAAUGGCAAUAUUGCGGAUGUUGAAAGGUUUUCUCGGCUGGGAAGCCUUCAGACGAUCGUUGCAGGUGUUCCUUCGGGGUAACAGCAAUAGUAUUGCUGCUGGUGUUGAUACUCUGAUGCGAGCUUUCACAGUUUUCAUAGUUUUCACUGAUAUUAUCAGCCUUCUUACUCUUGUCUAA